AGUAUUUUAUUCCCUACUUAGUGGUUCAUUAAUUAGAUUAUUUUGUUGAGCCACUUAGUUAUUCCAACAUGAUCAAAUUUGCAAUGAUCCUUUGACCCUCCCUACAGGAGGGGACAAGGAAUAUAGUGCUUCUUCUUCUACUCUCUUCAAAUCCCGCUUCUUGGAAUUAAGUUCCUCUGCAAUUUUCACUGUUUGGGGGGUAGUUUAUAACCAUAUAUAGAUAUAGAUAUCAUAUAUGUGAACUCUUGCAAUCUAUAUGUAUUUUGCUUCAGAUUUCUUUCUGCAACUAAGGAAUCAAAAAGGUUCAGAAACCACUUUCUCAAUUUGCUUUCUCAAGUUAGCCCUCUUUGCCCACAAAGAAACUUUUUUUCACGAACUGGGUUGUUUCCGUUUUUGCUUUCAGCAUCUGUUAAGAAGAAACCAAGGGGAACAGAUUGAAAAAGUAGAUGGUGUUAUGGAGUGGGACUUGAAGGAAUUUGCUUGGGAAUCAACUCACGAGUUGGAUCAGCAAAAAGAAGAAAGCGACCUUACUGCUAUGGUGGAAUUCAGCACUUCGAAGAAACAGACAACAACAACAACAGUAAAUGGAUCUUCAGGGGAUUUGAAGCUUACAGUGGUUGAUUCUGCAGAACCAGUAUCAUUCAGCAAAUCAAACGAAGCAAGAACAACCUCAAUCUUGGCAUCUUCACCAACAUCUCCAGGACCAUCAUCAAAAAAGGUUAAUGGAGCUCAGAAAGUUUCAUGCUUGGUAGAUGAUUGCAAAGCAGACCUCAGUAGUUGCAGGGAGUAUCAUAAGCGCCAUAGGGUCUGUGAGCGCCAUUCCAAGACCCCAACUGUGAUGGUUAAGGGUGAAGAAAAACGAUUCUGCCAGCAGUGCAGCAGAUUCCAUGCUCUUGGUGAAUUUGAUGAGGUGAAGAGAAGCUGCAGGAAACGUCUUGAUGGACACAACCGACGCCGGAGAAAAUCUCAGCCGGAAUCCCUCUUGUUCACUUCCAAGAGCUUCUUGUCAUCUGCUUACAAAGGUCCCAAAAUCUUGCACUUUGGCAGUCCUCCACAGAUAUAUGCUCCAACCGCUACUACUACUAUGAGAAAUGGAUCAGAACCUUUUGUUUAUGGUCGUCAACAAAGAAACAGACCUCCAGAUUUCUCCAAUGGGAGAGACACCCAAUUCUUCUUCUUGCAGGAAAAUCAUCCUGAAAAGAGCAACCAAGCAACCCCAGAAGCAUUCCUCUGUGACUACCCAAUUCUGAACACCAUUAAAGGGCAAACAGAAAAGGUACCAAAUGAGGUUUCGACUGGUGGUUGUGCUCUCUAUCUUCUGUCAUCAAAUCCAUCUUCACUGCAAAUUCCAGCAGGGAUGGAUGUGAAUCAUCAUCUGGUGCAGUCUAAUGAUCAGAUGCACCAGAGUUCACUUCAGUUUCCCAACUCCUUCUCAGCUUUUGAUCAUGGAAAAGACAAGCCUCAAAAUAUGAUCCUUAGAAUGGGUCCUGAUGGCCUGUUGGAACAUGUUGGAGCUCCCCAAGCCUUUCCAAUUUAGUUGGACUGGUUUUUGCUCAUUGAUGAUCAUGAACUUUAUAAGAUUGUGGAACUUGUACAAGUUUCUCAUCUUUGAAUAAAUUAUUUAUAUAUAUAUAUAUAUAUAUAAUUAGGUACUGAACUUAUUAAAUAAAAAGCUACCAAGCUUCUAAUUUUGGAAUGCCAAAGGUCUUGAUUGCCUCUUUCCCUUCCAGGGUUAGUCUUACUUGGAGCUUCUAGGAUGUUAAUUUGUACUUUCUAUGCAUUAAUAUAUCUCUUUCUGUCCUA